AUGUUGACAAUAAAGUAUUUAUAUCGGUCAACACCAAUCAUUUGCUCAUGUAGAACAAAGCAAUUAUUUACAAAACAAAUCUAUUUUCAAUCAACGAUUGUUCCAACAGCAGAAAAAAAUGAAAAACAAGAAGUACGCUCAGAAUUUCCAUUACUUGAUACAAAAUUUAAUCAAUAUCAAUUAGCCUAUCGAUAUCGACGCAGUAUGGAUUUGCUGCGUGGUUAUUUAGUUUAUCGGCUAUUUUCAAUUAAUUUUCUUGUUAAUAAUCAAGCUAAAAUUGCUAAAUGGGGUCAACGUAUACUCGGUGCUCGACUAUUCAGAAGUCUACUAAAGUUAACUGCUUUUGGUCAUUUCGUUGGAGGUGAAACUUCACAAGAAAUAAAACCUGUUAUUAAAAGUUUACAAAAAUAUGGUGUCAAGCCUAUUCUAGAUUAUAGUGUUGAAAGUGAUGAUACUGAUAAAUCUUCAUCAUCAUCAUCGUCAGAUCACAAUGAUAGUGUGCACGAUUUUACUACGAGUAAAUUUAUUGAAUGUAUCAAAACAUCUUAUGAUGUUUGUGGGCCGAAUAGUACUAUUGCCGUAAAACUAACUGCUCUUAUAAGACCAGGUGUACUUAAAAAAUUUAAUAUAUUAUUGAAAUCUAUUGAAAAUCGCUCUUUAUUACCACCUUUAUUUGAAUUAAUCAACCAAGAACAAAAGAAUACUGAAAAAACAAUUGAAACAUUUCGACAAUCGAUUAAAUCAUAUUUUGAAAAAUAUCCGAAUAAAAUAUCGACCAGUAUCAUCCUUACCAAUGACGAAUUUACUGAGAUUUAUCACUUUCUCAUUCGUUUAAAUCAAAUAGCUCAAGCAUGUGUUGAACAUAAAAUUUCAAUUAUGGUAGAUGCCGAACAAACUUAUUUUCAAACGGCAAUUAAUUAUUUUGCAAAUGAAUUACAACGAUAUUAUAAUAAAAACAACGAUGCAUUCAUAUACGGAACAUAUCAAUGUUAUUUAAAGGAAACACUGGCUUCCGUCGAAUAUGAUCUUUCCCAAGCUGAAUAUCAUAAUUAUACAUUUGCUGCUAAACUUGUACGUGGUGCCUAUAUGGAACAAGAGCGUCGAUUAGCGCAAGAAUAUGGAUAUGAAGAUCCGAUUAAUACAGAUUUUGAAACAACAUCGAAAAUGUAUCGUGCAUGUCUUGAUGAAGUAUUAAAAAGUUUUAGCAAACGUCAUACAGAUCAAGUUCGAGUUAUGGUUGCUUCACAUAAUGAAGAUACUGUUCGAUAUGCUAUUCAAAAAAUGAAAGAUUUGAAUUUAUCUCAUGAUUCAUCGUUGGUUUCAUUUGCAUCACUCUAUGGAAUGAGCGAUUAUGUUGCUUUUGCUUUAGCUAACUCUGGUUAUAAUACAUAUAAGUAUUUACCCUAUGGCCCAAUGGAAUCCCUACAGCCGUAUUUAUUUCGACGUGCGCAAGAAAAUCGAGGAAUGUUUGAAAAAGCCAAUAAAGAUCGACGUCUUCAUUUUCAAGCAUUUAAAGAUCGAAUUUUUAAUUUGAAAAUGUAA